CUUCCUUUUCGUUGGCCAUCUCUCCACUCGUCUACUGCGACGUCUGCCUGCUGAUCAAUGGAUCCUCGCUGCUGCCCCUCGAAAUGACAGCACCAGCUUCAGGAGGUGCACUCGCAGGUCCCUCACGGCAGCCAAUGCAGUCGCUGCCGCUGCAGGCCAUGGCGAUGCUCAAUCCACUCGCUUCCCCCUCCCAAUGGGCACACACGCCUUCGAGAGCCGACGGCAUCCCGCAGGACCUAGAGGAUGACUUACGAGCGUGGGGAGCUACUGUGAUCCAGCGACUGGGAACACAUCUAGAGCUUCCACAGCGCGUGACGGCUACUGCGCAGGUCAUAUUCCAGCGCUUCUGGUUCGUCACCUCUAUGCGCCAGUUCUCGGUCGCAGACGUCAAUGCAGCUUGUCUCUACCUGGCGACCAAAAUCGAGGAGCAUCCCGUGCCGGUCCGUAAGCUCAUCAAUGUUUUCGACUAUACCCUGCAGCAUGAUCGAUGGAGGAUGCAAAGUUCUGACGAGUUACCGUGGAGAACAAGGGGAAAGUCGGGGAGGAGCAAGGAUACGAGCAACGGGCAGCAAGAUACUACGUCGACGCCGACAAGGCAGCAUGACGCCAACUUCCAUUGGCAGCCACACUCGUAUCAAUCCUCCGUCUUCCACGACUACAAGGACUCCCUCGUCGUGCAUGAGAUGCAAAUUCUCAAGCGGCUUGGCUUCCAGCUGGAGGCGCAGCUGCCUUAUUCAACGCUCGUCAACUACCUGCAAAUCCUUGGGCUGGGCAAAGACAAGGAAGUGGUAGAGCGAUGCUGGGCUAUCGUGACGGACAUGUAAGCAGGCGAGCGAUAUGGUCGCACCAUGCUCAUAUCUUACUCACCCUCUUUCUGCCCGGCACUCCAGGCUGCAGACGCCACUCCCAGCUCUUCUGCCUCCUCACGUCUUGGCUGUUAGCUCCAUUUAUUACGUGUCCCUAGUACCCUCGCCACACCACAAGCCGCUCCUCCUGCCGCGCCAGCCGCAACCGUGGUGGCUCCUCUUCGACGUGACGCUCGACGAGGUCCGCACCGCCUGCGCGUGGCUUUGCCGCCUUUACGACGAUCGACACGGAGGCAUAUCGUCACGAGUGAGGGCAGAA